CCUCCAGUGCUUCUGCCGACAAGGAUGCUUCAAUCAGAAUCCCUCAUAAAUCUGUGAUAUUCAUUUAAUUUAAAUUAAAUCAAGAAUGGUUUACAAAUAAUAACGACCUUGUGUACAAAAUAUCUCAGUCCGAUAAAGAAGCUUCUAGGGACAUCCUUAGUUCCUUCUCAUGAGCUUAUCGCCACAGACUUGAUUCUUCAAUUCCAUCCAUGGAGAUCAUGCAUCGUCCCCACGUAGCUUUGCUUUCUAGCCCAGGCCUCGGCCAUCUGAUCCCCACAAUCGAGCUGGGAAAGCUCCUCGUCCUCCGCCACGGUUUCAAGGUCACAAUCCUCGCCAUUACUUCCCAGACCUCCGAAGCCGAAUCCCGCAUUCUGAAAUCAGCCAUCUCCUCCAUCAACUUUUGUGACUUCCUCGAACUCCCACCCGCAGACCUCUCUGGCCUUCUUGAGAAUGAAGCUGCCAUUGUGGAACGCCUCUGCGUCGUCAUGCGUGAAACCAAGGGAGCUGUUCGUUCUGUGCUUUCUAACAUGGCCCACCCUCCUUCUGUGCUCAUAGUUGACAUCUUCGGCUCUGAAUGCUUGUCCAUAGCAGAAGAGUUCCGCAUGCUCAAGUACGUUUACGUUGCUUCCAAUGCCUGGUUUUUCUCCCUGACUUUAUACUCUCCCAUCCUGGAUAAGCAAGUGCAAGGCCAGUUCGUAGAUCAGAAAGAACCGUUCGAAAUCCCAGGUUGCAGUCCGCUUCGUCCUGAAGACGUGGUUGAUCCCAUGCUGGACCGGAACACCCGGCAAUAUCAGGAGUACAUCGGCAUAGGGAUGGGGGUGCGAAAAGGCGACGGGAUAUUGGUGAACACGUGGGAAGAACUCCAACGCAAAGACCUUGAAUCACUGAGAGACGAGAAUUUAUUGGGCGGGUUGCUGAAAGUUCCAGUGUAUGCCAUUGGACCACUGGUGAGGGAGCCAGAACCUCCCUCGAGUUCAACCAUAGGGUUGCUGGGGUGGCUGGAUCAGCAACCCAGUGAGUCGGUGGUUUACGUCUCGUUUGGGAGCGGUGGCACGCUUUCGCAUGAGCAGACCAUAGAGGUUGCAUGGGGUUUGGAGUUAAGCCGGUUGAGAUUUAUGUGGGUGGUGCGUCCGCCAAACAGAGGACGCGCAGACUCAGCGUUCUUUAGCACCGGGGACGGCAGCCGUGAGGACGAUGAUCCUUCAAAUUAUUUGCCAGAAGGGUUCAAAGAGAGAACGCGGAAAAUGGGGAGAUUAAUUCCACAAUGGGCGGCCCAAGCAAGCAUAUUGAGGCAUCCAUCGGUGGGGGGAUUCAUGUCGCAUUGUGGGUGGAGCUCGUCUCUGGAGAGCAUAACGAACGGCGUGCCGAUGGUCUGCUGGCCGUUAUACGCAGAGCAGAGGAUGAACGCGACGCUGCUGGCGGAGGAGUUGAGGGUGGGGGUGAGGCCUAAGGUGUUGCCGGCGAAGAAGGUGGUAGGAAGGGAGGAGAUAGCGAGCAUGUUGAGGGAGAUAAUGGAGGGGAAGCCUAACCCCAUAAGGGAGAGAGCGAGAGAGCUGAGGGAGAGUGCAGCUAAAGCAAUGGAGAGAGACGGUUUGUCUCGCACUGCGCUGGACCACGUAGCGAACCUGUGCUGUGCGAGGGCAGCUGAGUGCGAGACCCACGAGCACCAAUCAGUUUUAACGUCUCCCUCUGUUUCUCAUGUAUCGUCAAAUCUCCUGUCACAGAGGACGCAAAGAUAAUUUGUCCGUGUUUUGCUAUGUCACGGGUUAGCCUUGGCUUCGGCUUUCCUUUUAAAAUAUAUAUAUUUCAGCUUCCUUGUUUAAUUAGCUUACUUAA